CUUCAAUUGUCUCCACUAGCACACAGAGUAGCAGCUGAGCUCUGUUUGAAAUAACUCUUCAUCUUAUUUCUUUAGGUCAGAAUGUUGUUCAAGCUGAAGUUGAUGCGCUUGGGGUGGGGUGGAAUCACGGACUCACGACAUGGAGCGGUCACCAUUACCUUCUGUGCCUUCUUUAUGCAAGUGUUUGUGGAAGCUAGCUCAUGGUGGUCUCUAGCAAUGAAUCCCCUCCUGAUACCAGAAGCAUAUAUCAUAGGAGGACAGCCGCUGUGCAGUCAACUAGCUGGACUAUCUAAAGGUCAGAAGAAGCUUUGCCAGCUUUAUCAAGAUCACAUGCAGUUCAUUGGAGAGGGUGCCAAAACUGGCAUCCAGGAGUGCCAAUACCAGUUUCGCAACCGCCGCUGGAACUGCAGCACAGUGGACAACUCCUCAGUGUUUGGCAGAGUCCUGCAGAUAGGGAGCAGAGAGACAGCUUUCACAUAUGCUAUUAGCGCUGCUGGCGUGGUCAAUGCAGUGAGUCGUGCCUGCAGAGAGGGGGAGCUGUCGAGCUGUGGCUGCAGCAGGGCCGCGAGACCUAAAGAUCUGCCACGAGACUGGCUGUGGGGCGGCUGUGGUGACAACCUCAAUUAUGGGUACCGCUUCAGCAAAGAGUUUGUGGAUGCACGCGAACGGGAAAAAACGUACACCAAAGGCUCCUUGCAGAGUGCAAGACUGCUGAUGAACCUUCAUAACAAUGAGGCAGGACGGAGGAUAACAUCAGAUCUCGCCCAUGUGUCCUGUAAGUGUCAUGGCGUGUCCGGCUCCUGCAGCCUUAAAACAUGCUGGUUGCAACUUGCUGAUUUCCGGAAGGUGGGUGACGCACUGAAGGAGAAAUAUGACAGUGCCGCUGCCAUGAGGCUAAACAGCCGUGGGAAGCUUGUUCAAGUUCACUCCAAAUUUAACUCUCCUACCAGCAGUGACCUGGUGUACAUCGACCCCAGUCCAGAUUUCUGUGUAGAGAACAAAACUACUGGCUCUUUAGGAACUCAAGGCCGCCUCUGUAACAAGACAUCCGAAGGCAUGGAUGGCUGCGCACUCAUGUGUUGUGGUCGAGGUUACGAUCAGUACAAGACACAGCUGGUUGAGCGCUGCCACUGCAAGUUUCACUGGUGUUGCUACGUCAAAUGCAAACAAUGUUCACGAACAGUUGACCAGUUUGUGUGCAAGUAGUAGCACAAGGCAAGUAAUGAGAGCAUGUGAGAGAAGUAAAAACAAAAAUUAUUUUUAUAGAGCUGAAAUCAUUAUGAGACUGGUUUCGUGCUAUCAAUUUCUAAGUUGUAAGUACAAAGCAUCUAAACUGCAAAUAUCCUUUAUAUAUUUAUUUUUUGAUAAAUAUGAUUUUGAAAUCCUUUGAUUAUGUAAUAUAAAUGAAAACAGCCUGAAUACAGAGCCUUUCAGUAGGGUAAAUGAACAUUCAGAUGAGAAACCAUGCUGCAAAAAAACCUUUAACUGUAAAAUGUCAACUUCAUUAAAACCAGAUCAUUGUAUUUGUGAAUAAGUCUUGUUUUGAGAAAAUGUCUUAAAUUGUCGGUGGUUUCUAUUAUCACUCAAUUUUUGCUUAUAAAACAAAAUUAAUAAUUUUUCUAAUGAGUUAAGAAAUAUAAAUUUGAUUCACAAUAUAUUGUCUGAAAACAGGUUUUAUCUAACAUUAACUUUUCAAGUAAAAGUAUCUUGAUUUACAAAGAACAAGAUAUUACAGAAAUACAGGUAAAUUAGGUUACAACACGGUUAACUUGUCACUGUUAAACAGUGUGCAGUGGUGGGGCAUCUCCAGGACAUAAGUGAGUCAACUGCAUAACAAAACAUGCAUAGUUACUGUGUAGUUACCACUGUGUUCUUUAGUCUGACAUCAUCUCACACUUUGUGGAUUUGCAUUCAAAGUCUAACAAAUUUUAUGCAACAGGUUUUCUUCAGUAAACAAUAUAAUUUCUGUACAAAACCUUCACAUGUAACUGUAAAUAAAGUCAU